ACUGCUAUGUGCAUGUUGAUCGAUCUGAUCGGUCAUCCAUUAACUUUCCUCGCAGUCAAUGAUUAUCGAUUGCAAUGAUCCAAAGUUCAGCGCAAAAACACCUUCAAUGAACAUGAUUAAAAGCGGCACAUCAUGUCUUUGAAAACAUUUUGCUGCAGGCUUUUCUCGAAGUAUUUGAACCACGGUGUCGUCGCUUCAAACAAGCCGCUCCGUGCGCGACAUGCAGCCGCCGUGUUGGGACGAAGCUCCGCCAGAGGUUACUACACCUCCGGGAAGCCCAGGGACACCGGGUCUGGAAGGGCAGCCCGGGUCCAGGUGGUGGAUCUCCGCAGCGACACGGUGACCAAGCCCGGGGCGGCGAUGAGACAAGCCAUGGCGGAGGCCGAGGUUGGAGAUGAUGUGAUGGGGGAAGACCCGACAGUCAACGAGUUACAGAAAAUUGCAGCUAGUAUGUUUGGGAUGGAGGCCGCUCUGUUCGUCCCCUCUGGAACUAUGAGUAAUCUCAUCGCAGUGAUGGUGCACUGCAGGGAGCGAGGUGAUGAGAUGAUUGUGGGCGAUUUAUCCCAUUUACACAUCUACGAGCAAGGAGGGAGCGCACAGCUGGCUGGUGUCCACGCCACCAUGGUGACAACCCUUCCCGACGGGACAUUUGACUUGGAGCAGCUGGAGUCAAAGAUCCGCCACGGUUACCCCGACCCACACUACCCCCGCUCACGCCUCAUAUGUGUGGAGAACACACAGAACAUACAGGGAGGACGUGUGAUGCCUCUACCCUUCCUGCAGCAGGUGCGCGCUAUAGCGGACAAACAUGGUCUGUCAGUUCAUAUGGAUGGAGCCAGAGUGAUGAACGCCGCUGUGGCCCAGGGGGUGACUCCGUCCACCAUACUGCAGCACACACACACCGUCAGUGUGUGUCUCUCCAAGGGUUUAGGUGCCCCUGUGGGAACCAUGCUGGCUGGACCCCGAGAUUUCAUAUCCCGGGCAGUACGGUGCCGUAAAGCCCUGGGUGGGGGGUUGCGGCAGUCUGGUAUACUAGCAGCAGCUGGAAAACUGUCUCUGCUGGAGAUGAUAGGAAGACUGGAGGAAGACCACCGCAAUGCAAAAACAUUUGCUCAAGCUUUGCUAGACUGCGACCCUCCUCUGUUCGCCGUAGACAUGGCAGCAGUGGAGACAAACAUCCUGCGUUUCAGACUACAGGAACCCACUUUGAGUCCUUCUGAGUUCUGUGCCCGCAUGGCCCAGGUUGGGGAGGGAGAGGAGACUGCGCUGGGACAGGGGAUACAAGUCCUCAUGUACCCUCAUUUUGGAAAUUCUGUACGGGCUGUGUGGCAUCUCGGGAUAUCACCCGAAGAUACCCAGCUGGCCAUCCAGAAAAUGCAGUUUGUGGCUUCUCAGUUUUUAAAGGAAAAACUCAGGGCCCAGUGAAACCUGAUGUCUUCCCCUGAUGUGUAAUCAAAUUUAUAAAACUAAUCUUGAAUAAUCUCCACAGACAAAUCUAGAAAAAGACUCAAUCAAAGGAUACAGCACUUUGGAUCACAAGUCUCUUUAUAUUAAUACAUGUUUUACUGUAAUUUAUAUUCAUUAAAUUUUUACAAAACACUA